UUAUGUCAUGUCAAAGUUUUGUAAAAUAUGUCAAUUUUAUUUUGAGGUUAUGUUUAUCAAAAUAUCGUAUUUUUAAUGAUAACCGAAAUAAAGAAGUUUUUCUCCAUACCUAGUUAAGUUGAAAAAAUGUUUUUACAAAAUGCCAAGCGACUAAUAAAAUACAUCAACUAUAUUCCACGACAAUGUCGCUGUAAAUCUGGGGCCGUACUUGGUUCUAUAAAAAACCGUAUCAAACAAGGUCCUGGCUUGAAAGAUUUUAUUGUAGAAUCUACAGGAACAUCUGAAGUUAUCACUCACCCACCUCAUAUACCAUAUUUACCGGAAAAGUAUGAGGAUACUUCAAAAAGGAAAGUUUAUUUCGAUGUGUACGGUUGUCAGAUGAAUCUAAGUGAUACAGAGAUAGUGUGGUCUAUUUUGAAAAAAGAGGGCUUUGAGAAGACUUUGAAAGAGGAGGAAGCCGAUAUAUUCCUAGUCAUGACUUGUGCUAUCAGGGAAGGGGCGGAGAACAAGAUUUGGAAUCGUUUGGAUCACUUGAGAGGGUACAAGAAACGACGUUCGUUUUCAAAGAAUCGCCACAAGCCGAUAAAGAUUGGUAUUCUGGGUUGCAUGGCUGAACGACUAAAAGAGAAGUUGAUUGAAAAGGAAAAGGCUGUUGAUGUUGUGGCUGGCCCGGACAGUUACAGAGACCUGCCUCGCCUCCUGGCUCUGACAGAGAGUGGUCAGACGGCUGUCAAUGUGCUACUGUCGCUGGAUGAGACCUACGCAGACGUUGUACCUGUCCGGCUGAACCAGGACAGUGUGUCAGCUUUUAUAUCAAUAAUGCGCGGUUGUGACAACAUGUGCACAUAUUGCAUCGUGCCGUUCACGCGCGGUCGUGAACGCUCGCGCCCCGUGGCCUCCAUAGUGGACGAAGUGAAACAUCUAGCGGACAGCGGCGUGAAGGAAGUCACUCUGUUGGGACAGAAUGUCAAUAGUUACAGAGAUGUUUCAGAACGGACAGAGAAAUAUGACACACAGUUGGCUCAAGGUUUUAAAACAGUAUACAAAUCCAAAAAAGGUGGUCUCCGGUUUGCGGAUCUGCUGGACAAAGUGUCUCUGGUAGACCCUGAAAUGAGGAUACGGUUCACCGCCUCACAUCCCAAGGAUUUCCCUGAUGAGGUGUUGCAAGUGAUAUCAGAAAGGCCUAACAUCUGCAAGAUGCUGCAUCUACCAGCGCAGUCCGGCUCGACUGCGGUGCUGGAGCGAAUGCGGCGCGGCUAUACGCGAGAGGCGUACCUGCAACUUGUGGAACACAUCAGGCAUAUUAUACCGGGAGUGGGUCUAUCGACGGACAUGAUCUGCGGUUUCUGCGGUGAAACGGACGAAGAGUUUGAGGAAACCAUGACUUUGAUGGACAUCGUCGACUACAACGUGGCCUUCCUCUUCCCUUAUAGCAUGAGAGAGAAAACGACCGCGUACCGCCGCUACAAAGACGACGUACCAGAGGAAGUAAAAAAGGAAAGGCAUUCACGAAUGAUAGAAAUAUACCGCAGGAAAUGCCAGAAACUACACGAAUUAGAAAUUGGGAACAUUCAUUUAGUCCUUGUUGAAGGAAUUAUCCCUAAAACCGGACAAGUUCUGGGUAGAAACGAAUUGUACAUAAAAGUGGUUUUUGAUAAUGUGGAAAUACCUUGUGGGGACGGUAAAAGGCGGGUGAAGCCGGGGGAUUAUGUUGGUGUUAGGAUCGUUUCGGCCAAGUCCUCAGUUUUGAGUGGAGUUCCGUUGUACCAUAGUAGUAUUAGAGAGUUUUAUAUGGAGCAUGGUUGGGCUGAACGAAAUUUAUUAAGGUCUCAAACAGUUUCUAGUUAGAUCAAUUUAUGAAAAAUAGAUUUUCAAAAAGUAAGCUGUAUUUUGAGUUAGGUAAAUUUUUUGGUUGUAAGUAGAUUUUAUGUAGAUAAACAUGUUAAUAUGUAGCUAUUGUAAAUAAUGUAGGAUUUAAUUAAACAAAUCUGAAGUAA